AUGGAGCCCAUUCGAUCCAGCUAUGUCGAAUACGGCCAAGGAAACAUGUUGAACCUCGAUGCCGGUACUAUCAAGCGCAAGAUCGACUCCAACGAAUACGACGACGAGAUCAUCCAAGAAGCCCAGCCAAAUGGAAAGAGGACAUGCAGCCCCAUGAACCACUCCCCCUUCAGCAACUUUGGAACGCCGACGCAAGCAACCCCCAAGAGCAGCGGACCUGCCUGGCCCCAGCCCAACCCAUCCCCCCUACUCCGCACCGCGGCCCGCCACGCCGCCGCUCUCAACCACAUGAACAACCAUAACGGUUCCCACCUUCAAGCCAACAUGCAAGGAUACCAAACUCCGGAAUCGGGAUUGAGCUCUAAUACAGCUUCACCCUAUACUGGCGGCUCCAAUAUGGACAUGGAUAUGGAAUCCGAUUCUACCGGUGCUCAAGAUACUUCUCCUUCUAUGGCUCAAAGCACCAACACCCUGUUUAGAGCCUCGUUGACAUCUCCCGUCCUGCCACAGGAGUAUCAUCAGCAACAAUUGCAACAACAAUAUCUCCAGCAGCAACAACAAGCCUCAGCGGCAGCACAAAACGGCACCGGUCUGUUGCCCUCAGCACUUCCAGUCCCUGGUCAAGGCAACAACAGUAACGGCAGCAACGAAUACGUCCCCGUCCACGGCCGGUCGAUGCAGAUCCCCUCUUAUGCACGUGUGCCCCUCAACGAAGCCAACGAGGCCCGCAGGUACAGAGAUCAACGCUGGAGCUCUUGCAUCUAUGGCGUCGACACCCGCAUUGGCCAAGGCAUGAUGAUCUGA